AUUGAGUUCAAAAGACGAAAAGGGUUCUGAGAAACCUUUUCAUCAUCGUUUCCUCUUCUACGUACGUCUUCUUCCUUCCGGAGCUCAUCAAGCUAGAAGUUCUCAGACUGACACACAAAGAGAUCGAUCGAAGCCAAUCAAUCUCUCUCUCUCUCUCUCUCUCUCUCUCUCUCUCUCUCUCUCUCUAUAUAUAUAUAUAUAUAUUAGCGCGGAAAGAAAUUAGAUAAUUAAGGCGGAUCAUCAUGGACUGCUCUAUAUGUACAUCAAUGCCCGUUAUAUUAAGGUCUCCGAGGAAUACAAUAUGCGGGGCUUGCUAUGAGGGAGCUAGGGCCAUAAUCGACCUGGUGAACAACCACCUUCAUAGUCAUGAUGAUCAAUUCGGAACUGAUUGUCAACCAAAUUCCUACACUCGGAGAUGUUUCACGAUGGAUGUCGGAUAAGAAGGACAUGGAAAAUGCGAUAAAAGAGGAGCAAAGUUUUCUUAGGGCGGGCUUCUUCACUGCGCUUAGAGAUCAAAUUCACACCGAUAUUCAACUCAAGCCUGCCAAUAAUGGGCUUUCCAUACCCGCUCAUAGAGCCAUACUGGCAAUAAGAUCACAAAUCUUUAAGAACAUGCUAGACUCGGAUGUAUGCAAAGCCCCACCACUGGACGCCAUAACAUUGCCCGAGUUGAGCUAUGAAGAGCUGGAGUGCCUUCUGGAGUUCCUCUAUAUUGGGAGCUUGCCCACCGACAAAGUCAACAAGCAUGUCAACUCAUUGUCACUAGCAGCCGACAAGUACGAAAUCCCAUACUUAUCCAAGUUUUGUGAGCGUCACAUGCUUGGCUCUUUGAGUCCAUCCAAUGCUCUUGAUGUUUUAGAGAUCUCAGAUGUUUGUUCCUACAUAUCUCUAAAGGAGACAGCUUUGAAAUUCAUCGUCAAAAACAUGGACGAGAUAGCCUUCGAGGCUAGAUUUGAAGAAUUUGCAAUCAAGAACCCACAUCUCUGUGUACAGAUAACAAGGGCUUCGUUGAUGGGAGCCAAAAAAGUUUAGAGUUCAUUGUAAGGUCCGGCCGGGCAUUACUGGAGUACUGGACAGAAUAAGAUCAUGUAUGCGUACAAAUGCUUUAGAUUAAAAAAAAAAAAAAAUUACGAACCCCAUGAUGAUGACGAGAUUACCGAGCAUAUUAAUUGCAUGGUGGAAUCAUAUAUUAAUCUUACGAGUAGCCCUACGUGAGUUUUCUUUA